AUGCCCUCAAUUGAUCCUUCCAACGUGAAACUCGGAGUGGGCCACACGGACACAACGGGGGUGGAUAAGGAGGCGCUGAUUGCGCAGUUUGAGCAGUUCAACAACCUGGAGGCCAGCGAAUGGGCCAAGAAGAUCCUGGAGCGGCCAUAUCUCGGUAGACGUGCCGUCAGCGUCAUCAUCUCAGGCGCUGGUCUCGCCGGAAUCACCACAGCUAUCCUGCUGUCUCAGAAAGUCGACAAUUUGACUCUGACUGUUCUGGAUCGAAACUCCAAGGUCGGAGGUGUUUGGGCUACAAACGAGUAUCCAGGCGUGCGAUGUGACGUUCCCAGUCACUCAUACCAGCUUACUUUUGAUCCCAAAACAGACUGGCAGAGCGCCUAUGCCUUCGGAAAGGAUAUCCAGGCUUACUGGCAGAGCAGAGUGGAGAAACACGGGCUUGCAGACAAGUUCAGACUGAACCAUUCCAUCAAGGAGGCCAAAUGGGAUGAACCAACUCACCAAUGGCAUGUCAGAGUGGAACACAACGGAAAAGAGGAGGUUCUCAAGUCGGACUUUUUCAUUUCGUCAUCUGGAUCUCUCCAGACUGCCAAGUUUCCCGUCCAACCCGGCUUCGAGUCCUUCAAGGGACCCAAAUUCCACCCUGUCAACUGGCCUAAAGAUCUGAACCUCAAGGGAAAGCGGGUGGCAUUGCUGGGGAAUGGAGCCACAGGGGUCCAGAUUCUGCCAGAGCUCAUCAAACAGGGUGCAGCUCACGUGGACCACUACGUCAAAAGAGGAGCUUGGAUAGGCCACACACUAUUCGGCGUGAAAGCUCCGGGUUACGUCGACUACACUCAGGAAGAAAUCAACGCCAUCCAGUCCUCUGAAGAGUACCACAAGUACCGUUCUUCUCUUGACUCCAAGCUGCAUGGCAAGUACGAAGCCACUUUGUUUGGAACUCCGGGCUACAAGGCGGGCAUCAAGGAACUGCUGGCGCUGAUGUACCUUCGGGUCGGCGAAAACGACGAACUGUUUGAAAAGGUUGUGCCUCAUUUCACUCCGGGACCCAGACGUCUCCUUCCAGCUCCUGGGUAUCUCGAGGCUCUAGCUCUUCCCAACGUGGACUACUACAAGGGCGACAUUGAGCGGUUCACUGAGAAUGGUAUCGUAUUUGACGGAGAAGAACGUCCAGUUGAUGUCAUCAUUUCUUCGACAGGAUACGUUCGAGGUAACGGAUAUGGAGCCACUCCCAAUUAUGAAAUCAUCGGAUCCGACGGGUACACUCUACGAACACAUUUCUCACCUCUUGAGUCCAAGAAGGGCUACUCUCUGUCCUACCUUGGAGUUUCGGCGCCCGGCUUUCCCAACUUUUUCUACACCCUCUCGGUAAACUCCUAUCUCUACUGUGGAACUCCUCCCAUAACAGUAGAGCAGCAGUCUAGCUACAUUGCCAAGGUGAUCCGAAAGGCGCAGUUUGAAGACAUUGCUUCCAUUGAUCCGAAGGAGAAACCCUCCGAGUCCUUUUCCAGACGUAUCUGGGAACUGUCCCAGGCCUCGUCAAUCACCAAGGGCGGAAUUGGAGGUUACUUUACCGAGAUUGAUCGCAACGGUGACACCCGGGUGCGAAUUUCGUGGCCUGGAACUAUCUCUCAUGCCAUUUCUGUUCUACGAGAACCCAGAUGGGAAGAUUUCAACUACCAAUAUCUCAACCCAGACGAUCGCUUUGGAUACUGGGGUAACGGCAAGACCUGGAUUGAUGAUCAUCCCGGAGACAAGACAUUCUAUCUUUCCAAGCCGGGCUCUGUCAAAGUAAGGAAUCUACAUGAAGGCUGGAUUUCGCUUCCCAGAGAUGGUCCUCCCGAGAUGGUUCCCCUCGGGGUUGACAUCAGGGCGUAA